UUAGGUGAAGUGUCAAUUCUAAGCUUCAAGCUGGAAAGUUCAAGAAAAUCAUCGGACAUGAAGAAGAAGGUAUUAUUGAUGGGGAAGAGUGGGUCUGGGAAGACCAGCAUGAGAUCCAUCAUCUUUGCCAACUACAUCGCCAGAGAUACAAGAAGACUUGGAGCCACAAUUGAUGUUGAGCACUCACAUGUCAGGUUUCUGGGUAACCUGGUUCUCAACCUUUGGGACUGUGGAGGACAAGAAGCAUUCAUGGAGAACUACUUCACCAGUCAGAAGGACAACAUCUUCCGCAAUGUGGAGGUGCUGAUCUAUGUCUUUGACGUGGAGAGCAGGGAACUGGACAAAGAUAUGCAUUACUACCAGUCUUGUCUGGAGGCCAUCCUGCAGAGGUCGCCCUACGCUAAGAUCUUCUGCCUCAUCCACAAGAUGGACUUGGUGCAAGAGGAUCAGAGGGAACUGAUCUUCAAGGAGAGGGAGGAGGAUCUGAAGAGGUUAUCCAAGCCCCUGGACUGCACCUGUUUCAGGACGUCCAUCUGGGACGAGACCCUCUACCAGGCCUGGUCCUCCAUCGUCUACCUCCUCAUUCCCAACGUCGAACAGCUCAAGACCAACCUCAUCAACUUUGCUGACAUCAUCGAUGCCGAUGAGGUGCUCCUGUUCGAAAGGGCCACUUUCCUUGUAAUCUCACAUUGUCAAAGGAGAGAACACAGAGAUGUACAUAGAUUUGAGAAGAUUAGCAAUAUCAUCAAGCAGUUUAAGCUCAGUUGCAGUAAAUUGGCAGCAUCAUUCCAGAGUAUGGAGGUUAGGAAUUCCAGUUUUGCUGCCUUCAUCGACGUCUUCACUCAGAAUACAUACGUCAUGGUCAUCAUGAGUGACCUGUCAAUACCCCCAGCCACGACCCUGAUCAACAUCAAGAAUGCCAGGAAACAUUUUGAGAAGCUAGAAAGAGUCAACGAGCAUCCAAUGGUCCGCUGAGAGUCACGCACAGAUCUAGGAAAUAACCUUUCACGUCAAGCAAAUACAUCUUCUACAUAAUUGAGAUGGAUGGUGUGUGAACCGUGCAUGAUGACAAUUGCUCGGCAGAUAAGAUUCCGCGUUAACCUAAUUCAAAAUCAAAUUCAACACUGUACCUAACCCUAACCCUAAACAGAGUCUAAAACUUGAAUACAACCCUAAGAAUAUUCCUAUAUCUUCGAUAAUAUUAAGCUGGGAGCGAUUGUUGACGGAGGAAAUUUUGAAACAGUAACCUAAGGUCUGAUGAACCCCCAAAAUAACCCUUCACAUCAAAUAUAUCUGCUGGAGAAUUACAGUCUGUUCCUCUUUUUCCAUUUACUUUAACAUUUAGAAACUUUCCUACUUUUCACAUUACAUCCUGAGCCCUGUUUCAUAAGACUUAUUAUCAAUAACAACUUCCAUUGAUCUUACAGAUUGCUCAUAGCCAAUCAAAUGCCAGGAUUUAAUAGCUUUUAUCAACUCUUUUAAC